UUCAGAGUGAUCUACAACGGAUCAUGUCUUACACGGGUGAAUAAUGCUAGGUUCAGAUUACCAACUGACACAACGGACUUCGUCAACUCGCCGAUCUCACGACUUCUACAACUGUCCAGUUGCCAGUCUGAGCACUCUUACAACACGAUUGUUCUCUUACGACCGAUUAAUUGUUGAUCUGAUCGCACCCGUCAUUGUUAUUGUUGGAGGUUCUUACGGGCUCAAGUAUUUUGCAGUAGUUCGCUAUGAGUUUAGGAAAGGCAAAAUGAUCACAUAUGAAGAAGGCAAGAAAUAUGGCCUCCAAGUUAAAAAGAAAGAAGACAAGCCUUCCUUAGAAUCCGAAUAUCUGUCACUCGAGCAGAAAGACAUGGAUAGCUGGAAGAACAUUCGGGGUCCAAGACCGUGGGAAGACUCGAAAUCUAUACAAGAUGAACAAAGACACUAGUUAAUAUACAUGUACUGUAUGUGUGGUUCAUCAACAGAAUCUUAACUGAUGCAGCUUGGUUCAUUGACAUGCAAUCAAAACUGAUAUUAUUAUAGAUUAAUGUACUCUCAUGUAACAUAAUUUCUCUUUUUGUUUUAAUAGCAUAAAAAAAUACUAAACAUUAACAGAUAUUAAAACAAAAUCAGCUUUUUCAAAGAUGGUGGCCUGUGAAAAAUUUAUAAGAGAAAAUUCAUUAACAAUUUUGACUUUUAGAGCUAUGUUUGAAGUACCUGUAAUUAUAUUGUAAUAUAAUUUUAAAAGUGUCAUAAUAUAGCUUGGACAAAAAUAUACAAAAAACUAAGGCACGGUUGUGUUUUUUAAAUGGCCGUUUUAAUAAUCAGGUGUCAGUUACUCAUUGUUUUCAGAGGACUGGAACAGUUAAAAUGAUAAAACAUAUAUAAAGUUAUUCCAGAAAAGGCUGCAUUGUAAUUGGAGGCAAUUGUGUUUCCACAAGACUAAUUUGGCAUCUGCAGUAACAAACACGACCCUUCGGUAGUACCCUAACAGCAUUUAGGUACCCCUCGACACUUGUAUGUGAUCUUAUCAUUUGUAUUUCAAGGCGAAAAAGAUUGUAAUGGUAUUUGUAUGUAAGGUCUUGGAUUGUAUUAAACUUCUGUAACUAGAAAAGUGUGGUAGUGUUUGUAUGGUGUGCUUCUACUGGUGGUAGUUACUAAACAUUUGAUGGCUUUUUGACACAGAGGACAUCUUGUUCGAAUCCCUCAUUUUCGAAGCCGAGGAGUCCAUUUCAUUUAGAGACCGAAGUGAGGACUGGGGCCUAAUUUAUAAAGCUCUCUUGGGCAACAUCGCAUCAUCCUUGCUAGUCUUUUAGCAUUGCACUGCGAGAUCGCAGUUGUGAAUGAGGCACCUGGUGUGUUAUUAAUACAAUAACUAAUAUAAUUAUAACCCAGUUGGAACCCUUAAUAGCUGAACCGCUCAACUCCUAACACUGAUACAUAGCUUCACUUUAUGGAGAGUACCACGGUCAACGAGCGAGUCACUCUUCACAGUCUUGUUUUGGCUUAGUAUGCAAUAAAUACAUCGUUUCUAUUUUAAGAAAGCUGGAAAAAUUCCAAUGCAAAUUGCUAUUGGAAAAUGUUUGUUUAAACAUUACUAAUGCACCUCAUGGUGUUUGUUUCAAGUGAAAUUAUGGUAAGAUAUGUUAUAUUUGUGUAUGAUGCCAAAACAAAGAGUGUGAAAGUGACCAACGUGAACCUUAGUAUACAGUAGUACAUAAACUUAUCUUUGUAGAGUAACUGUUGUGGACAUUUCUCCAUUAGUGACUGGAUAUUUGCACAGAGGUUUGAAUCUCCUCAGCAGAAGUUGAGUUGCUUGUUACAGAACAGUACAGCUGAAAUUUUGUUAAACAUUUCUUAUACCAAUAUAAACCUUUUGAAAAUAAAUGUUUUUACUAAA